UCGCUGUGCGUGUCACCUCUCGCGCACCUCUCAUUCUAAUAGUGAUACACUGUGGAGUUAUCCACUUAGUUAACACUAUGGAGUUAUCCAGUGGAGGAGUUACCGCUAAACCUUUCAUUGUAUUCGUGACGCUGGUAGUGCUGAAUAGGAGCUCCCACGCUGAUGCCCCGGAGGAAACCAAACUCUGCAACCCUGGCUGGGAGCUGUGUCCGACGACCAGAACCCACUGCGUGCCCAAGGCGUGUCAAGGUGUGUUGGGCACAGAGGAGGACAACAAGCGAUGUAGCGAGGGCCAGGUUUACUGCGGCGCCCCCACAAACGCCUGCGUCAACCCCUGUAAUCCCGCCAGCAAGCUGGAUAACCCCUUCCCGCCCGUUCAAAGUCAGCUGUGUGGACCCAACAUGAUCUACUGCCAGAGAGCUGAGAAAUGCACGACGGAGAGUGAUUGCGAGACGUGGAGCGUGAAGCCUGCUGAGGUCACCUGCAAGAUGGGCUACACCUUCUGCGUGGAGUGGGGCGGCUGCGUCGUGGGUAGCUGUCCCAGCCAGCAGACACGGACCUCUGUCAAGUCCUGUCCACCCGGCACUGUGUUCUGUCCUGUUGCGGGAACCUGUGUGUCAGAGGGUCGGUGCGACACUGUUGGUAGCCCUGAUCACCUCACCUGUCCACCUAACCAGGUGUUCUGCCUGGGAUCUGGUGGCUGUGCUCCUAAGGAUAGGUGUGCACCUCCACGCUCCUCGCCUCCCAUCUUAAAUUGUGACCCGAACCAGGAAUUCUGUUUGAAACUUGGUUCUUGUGUCAGUAAGGGCCAGUGUGGUCCUCCAGGAGCAAAAUCUCCAACUGAAGCCUCAUCCUGUCCUCCUGGUCAAGAGUUCUGUCUUCAACUUGGCAUCUGUGUCAUCCUAAGGGUC